AUGGAAGAUUCAGAUCGAUUCUCUGUGAAGCGUCCUCAUAUUACGUUGUAUCAAAAUGAAAAUGACAUUGAGUUCUAUACUCUUCAAACACCAAUGACCACAUUUACCGAACUUUUAAAUGCUGCGCAAUGUGUUGAAAGAAAUACUCUUACUACAAAGGGAGAUACAAUCUUAACUGUUGAUGCUUCUUUGAUUCGACGUCGACUUCGAAAUCGUAUGUCUUGCCGUAAAACUCGACUCAAACAAAAACUUCAGCAGCAUGCACUUGAAAUUGUUCUACGUGAACGUCAAGAACGACAUGAUUAUCUUACGCAUCUGGCACAAGAGCUUGGAGUAUUUCAUAAUAAUGGAAACAGGCGAAUGGUUGACAAUGAUCAAUGUGAUAAAGUCUUUCGUGAUCUCACUGCAAAAAGUCUGCACUAUUCGCUUGUGGAUCCGGACUGUCUUGGGUGGAAUCAGAAUGGCGUUUUGUUUGCACACACAAACACGACGCAUGACUGCAAUGAAACUGCUGCAGUCCCAUCAACAAGAAAAUCAAAGCGACAACGUCGUAAUCGUGACAAACAUGUUUCAACAGCAUUUCAUAGCAAAUUAGGACUCGCUCAGAAUUUGGUUUUUGAGCAGUGGCGAUCGAUUGUUGAUGGGCUACAAAAUAUAAAUUUAACAUUACAGCAAAUGCAUGAAACGGAAUCCAAAGCUGGCGUAUUUAAUCGACAAUGCUACUGGAAAUUUGUGGCAGUGAGCUCAGCAAAAUUACAACAAGAUGGCGAAAUUGAAGCUGUUGCUGUCUCCGGAGUCACGCACCUAGUAUUUCACGGUCGUGACGUGCAGCAGCUUACAAUUAUCAGCCUCCAACGCAAAAAUCUUGAUCAAUUUGACCUUGCAGCAACACCGACAACAUCAACUCUUGUCGUUAAAGCAACAGAAUAG